AUGGAGACAGAAGACCUUUCAAAGGCUGUGGACAGAACUGAGGAUCCUGGUUCCAAGAACGAUGUUCAGCCCACUGCAGUGCAGCCUGAUCUCCCACUUGGAGAGCAGUCCCCUGGCCCCACCGCUCUCUGGGACACACUCGAAAGGAAGUUUCUGGAAUACCAGCAUUUGACUCACAGGAGCCUGGAUGAGCGUCAGAAGAACCUGUUGAGUCUUCUCCCCCUGUUCCUAAAGGCCUGGGAACACUCCGUGGGCAUCAUCUGCUUCCCCAGUCUCCAAAGCCUGGCAGAAGAUGUUUCCGACCAGCUUGCCCAGGAAAUACAGAAGGCCCUUGCUGGGAAACCUGCAGAGCAAGCGAGGGUGGCAGCAGAGCAGCUGCUGCAGUGGAAGGGUGACAUGAAUCGGGAUGGCUACCUGCUCCUGAAGACGGUGUUUGUGCUCACGGGGACAGACUCGGAGACGCUGGGCAGAGUGGCUGCGUCUGGGCUCCCAGCCCUGCUCCUACAGUGCCUCUACCUCUUCUUUGUCUUUCCCCUGGAAAAGGGUGAGCUUCCUGAGAGUGAUGUUCAAGUUCAGAGGAUGUUUGUGCAGAUGUUGCUCAACAUUUGCAGCGAGCCUCAGGGUCUGGAGGGACUUCUCUCAGGAAGCGAGCUCCAGACUCUACUGAUUGCCACGACCUGUCUUCGGGAGCACAGCUGCUGCUUCUGGAAAGAGCCCACCUUCUGUGUGCUGAGGGCCAUCUCCAAGGCCCAGAACCUCGGUGUCAUCCAGUACCUGCAGGCCACAGACUGCAUCAGGCUGGCACUGCAGAACCUGUCCAGGCUCGCUGACACGCUCCCUGCUCCGGAGGUGAGUGAGGCUGUGAGCCUCGUCCUGGGCUUCGUGAAGGACUCCUACCCUGUCUCCUCGGCUCUGCUGCUGGAGUUUGAGAACGCGGAGGGCUACCCUCUGCUACUCAAGGUGUUACUUCGGUAUGAUGGGCUGAUGCAGAGCGAGGCUGACCCCCACCUGGAGGAGCUCAUUGGGCUGGUGGUGUGGCUGACGACCUGUGGGAGGUCAGAACUGAAGGUGUUUGACAGUGUCACGUACCCUCAGCUUGAAGGCUUCAAGUUCCAUCAUGAGGCUUCUGGGGUGACUGUUAAGAAUCUUCAGGCCUUCCAGGUUCUGCAGAAUGUUUUCCACAAAGCCAGCGAUUCUGUCCUCUGCACACAAGUCCUGUUGGCCAUCAGGACCAUGUGGGACUGGAAUGCUCGCAACUUCUUCCUGCUGGAGUGGACCCUGCAGCCCAUCUCGCAGUUUGUGGAGCUUGUGCCCCUGAAGCCAGCCCUGGUGCAGGUGCACUUCUUCCAGCUGCUAGAGGCCCUGGUGUUUGAACUGCACUAUGUGCCCCAUGAGAUCCUGUGGAAGGUGCAGCGUCUGAUCAAGGAGAGUCCAGAGCCCUCCUGCACCCUUGUGGCCCUGCAGAGCAUCCUCAGGAUUGCUGGUGGGGACCCGCUCUUCACCGACAUCUUUCGUGACUCAGGACUCCUGGGCUUGCUUCUGGCCCAGCUGCGGAAGCAGGCCAAGAUCAUGAGGAAGUCAGGAAACAAAGAGUCCACUCCUGGUGCUCAGGAUCCAGAAAGAGAACUCACCUGCGUGAUGCUGAGAACUGUUGUCACACUUCUGAAAGGCUCGGUUCGGAAUGCAGUUGUCCUGAAAGACCACGGCAUGGUGCCCUUCAUCAAGAUCUUCCUGGACGAUGAGUGCUACCGGGGGGCCUCGCUCAGCAUCCUGGAGCAGCUGUCAGUCAUCAGCGCUGAGGAGUACAUGAGUAUCAUUGUGGGCGCUCUGUGCUCGUCCACUCAAGGGGAGCUGCAGCUGAAACUGGAUCUCCUGAAGUCUCUCCUCCGGAUCCUGGAGACUGCCAAGGGCCGUGCUGCUUUCAGAGUCUCCAGCGGGUUCAACGGGCUGCUGUCCCUGCUCUCCGACCUGGAGGGCUCCCUCCACGGACCCCCGCUGCAGACGUGGGGAGCGGUGUCCCCCAGCCAGACCCUGGAGCUGGUGCUGCACACGCUCUGUGCCCUAUCUGCGGCACUGCACCUGGACCCUGUCAACGGGGACUUCUUCAGGAGGAACGGGCUCUUCGAGAAGCUGGCCGAGGACCUCUGCUUGCUGGGCUGUUUUGGGGCCCCAGAGGAAGAGGGAGCCCCUCUGCCCUCCUGGGCUGACACAAAGCCCAGGCCAUUUGCUGACUUGCUGAGUGCUGCCUUUGCCUCCUACAGCCCACUCCCACCCAGCAUGCAGAGCUGCCUCCAGAUCCUCAGCUUUCUGGACAGCAUGGCCAGGGGCACGCUCCACCUGCACUGGGACCCGAAGGAGUCCCCGAGGGCUGGGCAGGAGCAGGUCAUGGAUGCCCAGAAGGAGGACACCGGCAGUGACCCCAAAGGCAGCUUCAAGCAGUGGCCAAACCUGCAGGAGAGGACAGAUGAAGGGGACACUGUGAUCAUGCACCCUGGGAUCGUGUGCAUCAUGGUGAUGCUGCUACCUCGGUUGAACCAUGCGGAUCACCCACAGCUUUCCCAGGAGAUCCAGUGCUCCCUGGCCAGUCACAUCCAGUCCCUGGUGAAAUCAGAGAAGAACCGCCAGCUCAUGUGUGAGGCGGGGAUGCUCAGGGCCCUCAUGAGCUCCUGCCACAGGGCCCUGGCCACCGGCUGCAGCCCCUUGCACUCAAGCCUCAUCAGGAUUUUUGAAAAGCUUGCUUCCCAAGCCAUCGAACCCGACCUGUUAAGACAGUUCCUCGGUCUUGGAAUUCCCCCACCUCUGUCGGCUGCCACAAAAAUCCUCAAUUCAUCUCGUGUGCACGGAGGCAACCCUGGGUGCUCAGGGCCACAGACUGCAGCACCAGGCUCAGCUGAGGGACCCUUGGGAGCUGCCCCAGAUGCCAACCCAUGCCCGGGAGUCGCCCAGGCCCUCAGGCCCUCGGAGGCGUCCCAGGAUCCCACCACGGCCCUUCAGACGGUGCUCAGCCUCAUCUCCAUGACCUCCCCGCGCAACCCGCAGCCUCAGAAGGCGGCCCUGGCUCCGUCAUUCGUGGAAUUUGACAUGUCUGUGGAAGGCUAUGGCUGCUUGUUUAUUCCAACCCUGUCUACCGUUAUGGGAAGCAGCACCGAGUACUCUGUCUCUGGAGGGAUUGGGACAGGCGCUGCCAGAGCCUUCCCUCCCCCUGGGGGACUGACAUUCUCCUGCUGGUUCCUGGUCAGCCGGCAUGGCGCUGCCACGGAGGGCCACCCGCUUCACUUCCUGACCCUGGUGCGCCACCUGGCCAGAACUGAGCAGCCCUUUGUCUGCUUCUCCGUCAGCCUCUGCCUGGACGACCUCUCCUUGGUCGUAUCUACAGAAGAGAAAGCGUUUCAGCCCCUAGAUGUCAUGGAACCUGAGGAUGACUCUGAGCCUUCUGCAGGACGCCAGCUUCAGGUCAGGUGUGGCCACCUACUAGCUUGUGGUCAGUGGCACCACUUGGCUGUGGUUGUCACCAAGGAAAUGAAAAGGAAUUGCACCGUCUCCACGUAUUUGGAUGGACAGAUCAUUGGCUCAGCCAAGAUGCUGUACAUUCAGGCCCUACCAGGACCUUUCCUUUCAAUGGAUCCAUCUUCAUUUGUGGAUGUUUACGGAUAUAUUGCUACCCCUCGAGUUUGGAAACAAAAGUCAUCGUUAAUCUGGCGUCUUGGCCCCACAUACCUCUUUGAAGAAGCCAUUUCAGUGGAAACUCUGGAAGUUAUGAACAAACUUGGCCCAAGAUACUGUGGCAACUUCCAAGCUGUGCAUGCUCGAGGAGAAGACCCAGAGAGUGAAGCGACACCCCUCGUUGCAGAGGAAAAGAUUUCCUUUGGGCUUCACAUAGCCAGUUCCUCUGUCACCAGGAUAGCAGACCUCAGGAGAGCUUACAGUGAGGUGGACAGCCGUCUGAUUGCCAAGGAGAUGAACAUUUCCUCCCGUGACAAUGCCAUGCCUGUGUUCCUGCUAAGAAACUGUGCUGGCCACCUCUCCGGUUCUCUUCGGACCAUUGGAGCUGUUGCUGUGGGCCAGUUAGGGGUAAGGGUGUUCCACUCCAGCCCUGCUGCCAGCAGCCUGGACUUCAUUGGCGGGCCUGCCAUCCUCUUGGGCCUCAUAUCCUUAGCAACAGAUGAUCACACUAUGUAUGCGGCUGUGAAAGUCCUGCACUCAGUUCUGACCAGCAAUGCCAUGUGUGGCCGCCUGAUGCAGCACAUCAGUGGGUACCAGAUAAUGGCAUUUCUCCUGCGGAAGAAAACCUCUUUCCUAAACCAUCGCAUUUUUCAGCUGAUCCUCUCAGUUGCUGGCACUGCAGAAUGGGGCUUCAGGUCAUCUGCUAUCACCAAUGUUGGAAUCUUCCAGCACAUUCUCUGCAACUUUGAGCUCUGGAUGAAUACCUCGGACAACGUGGAGCUCACGCUCUUUUCCCACCUUGUGGAAAUCCUGCAAUCACCAAGGGAAGGACCCAGGAAUGCUGAAGUUGCUCACCAGGCCCAGCUUGUGCCCAAGCUCGUCUUCCUCUUCAGUGAGCCAAGCCUCACCCCCUCCAGGAUCUCCACCAUCAUUGCCAUCCUGGGCUGUCAGCUGAGGGGCUACUUCAGCAUCCCGGACUUGCUCAGGAUCGGGCUGUUUGUCGUGUAUACCCUCAAGCCUUCGUCAGUGAAAGAAAGGCAGAGCUGCGCGGAUGGAGCCCCGGACCCCUCCAUGCCUGCUGGAAGCCAAACAUCUGGAAAGACAAUCUGGCUCAGAAACCAGUUGCUGGAGAUGAUGCUUAAUGUAAUAUCUUCCCCCCAACUUCAUCUGUCCUCUGAGUCAAAGGAGGAGUUGUUUCUGAGCCUGGGGCCCGACUGGUUCCUGCUGUUCCUGCAGGGCCACCUGCACCCCUGCACCACUGUGCUGGCACUGAAGCUGCUGCUGUGCUUUCUGUCAAGCCCUGCCCUCCGCGAGCGAUUUAAAGAAGGCCUGUCUGCGGGGCGCUGGGUGGAACGCAGCGCCGAGGGCGUGGAUAUUGUGAUAAACAACCUGAAGAACCACCCUCCCGUGCCUGGCCAAGGCCCCUGCCUGCUUCCUGGCUUCCGCGUCUUGAAGGACUUUCUGGCCCACCACGCUCAGAUUGCAGAAGUCCACCUCGUCGUGUCCAGCUUCUUCCUGCAGACGCCGCUCACAGAGCUGACCCACGCGCCCAGGGACAGCCUGGAUGCCAUGCUUCAGUGGCUCCUGCAAAAGCACCACCAGGAAGAAGUCCUCCGGGCUGGGUUGUGCACGGAAGGUGCCCUGCUGCUCCUGGAAAUGCUGAAAGCCACCAUGAGCCAGCCCUGGGCAGGCUCUGAGGACAGCGCCUGGGAACAGACAUCCCUGGCCAGCGUGCUGCAGUUCCUGGGCCUCGUGCACCGCACCUACCCCCAGGACCCGGCGUGGUGGGCCCCGGAGUUCCUACAGACCUUGGCCACUGUGACCUUCCCCCUGGGAACUCAAAAGGGGGCUGUGGCUGAACCUGCCCAGAGUGCCAGCAGUCCUGGGGCCGUGGCUGAAGACGACAACACUGGUGAGGGUCUGCAGGCUGCUGCCAAGUCACAUCCUGCCCGGAGGCAGCUGAGGGAGUUCACGCAGCUCCUCUUCAGGGAGCUCCUGCUUGGGCCCCCCAGCCCCAAGCAGUGGCAGCCCCUGGAGGUGCUCUUGGAGGCUUGUCCAGACAACGCCACCAGCCAAGAGAAGCGAGACUUCCAGUCUGAGAUCCUGCUUUCCGCCAUGGAAAUAUUCCACUUGAUGAGUGGGGGCAAUGUGCCGAUACUCGGAGGUAGUAAAGAGCCUCCACCAAACACAGAAGCUACUGCUCCUUCGCUCGCGAACAUCUCCUACUUCACCCAGAAGCUGGUGGAGAAGCUGUACAGUGGGGUGUUCUCGGCAGACCCCAGGCACAUCCUCCUCUUCAUCACGGAGCACAUCAUGGUGGUCAUCGAGAACACCUCUUCUCAAAGGGACACUGCCAUCAGCACUUUAUACAGCAGUUUAAAUAAAGUCAUACUUUAUUGCCUCUCCAAGCCUCAGCAGUCCCUCUUCGAAUGCCUCAGCCUUCUCAGCAUCCUGGGCUUUCUGCAGGAACACUGGGACAUCAUCUUUGCCACCUACAAUUCCAACGUCAGCUUCCUCCUGUGUCUCAUGCAUUGUCUUUUGCUGCUCAAUGCAAGAAGUUAUCCAGAAGGAUUUGGAUUGGAACCCAAGCCUAAAAUGACUCCUUAUCAUCAAGUCUUCCUUUCCCCAAAUGAAGAAGUGAAAGAAAAAACAGGGGAAGAUUUCCUGAGUUUGAGUGAUGUCCAGCACAACAUCCAGAAGACGGUACGGACUCUCUGGCAGCAGCUUGUGGCACAGAGGCGGCAGGCACUGGAAGAUGCCUUCAAGAUCGAUCUCUCUGUGAAACCUGGAGAGAGUGAAGUGAAGAUUGAAGAGGUCACCCCCCUCUGGGAAGAGACGAUGCUCAAGGCAUGGCAGCACUACUUAGCAUCUGAGAAGAAGUUGCUCUCCAGUCGCUCGAAUGUCACACAUCACAGCAAGGUCACAUCAUGGAGUGGAAGCCUGUCCUCAGCCAUAAGGCUGAUGCCUGGGCGGCAGGCCAAGGACCCUGAAUGCAAGACAGAGGGUUUUGUGUCAUGUAUAGAGAACUACAGAAGAAGAGGACAGGAGUUAUAUGCAUCUUUAUACAAAGACCAUGUACAGAGGCAGAGAUGCAGCAAUAUCAAGGCAGCCAAAGCCUGGGCCAGGAUCCAGGAGCAGCUUUUUGGAGAGCUGGGCUUGUGGAGCCAGAUGACAGAAGUCACGCCCUGCUCCAAGUGGGAACUCGACUGGAGAGAGGGACCAGCUCGCAUGAGGAAACGCAUCAGACGCUUGUCCCCACAAGAGGCCCUGCACCCAGGAAGGCUCAAGGAAAGUCAAGACAAAAAUGUUGAUAUUUCUCAAACAAAUGCUGAAAACCAAGGUGAGCUGGCACCGAAGGAGGCUGAGGGCGAGCUGGACGAGGUGGCGGUGGACUGCACCCAGCUGACAUUCUUCCCUGCUUUACACGAAAGUCUGCACUCAGAAGAUUUCUUGGAACUGUGUCGGGAAAGACAAGUUAUUUUACAAGAGCUUCUUGAUCAAGAAAAGGUGACACAGAGGUUCUCCCUGGUGAUCGUGCAGGGCCACCUGGUCUCAGAAGGAGUCCUGCUCUUUGGCCACCAGCACUUCUACAUCUGUGAAAACUUCACACUGUCCCCCACGGGCGAUGUCUACUGCACACGCCACUGCUUAUCCAACAUCAGCGAUCCCUUCAUUUUCAACUUGUGCAGCAAAGACAGGUCCUCCGAGCACUACUCCUGCCAGCGUCACAGCUACAGCGACCUCAGGGAGCUCCGGCAGGCCCGCUUCCUCCUGCAGGAAAUCGCCCUGGAGAUCUUCUUCCAGAAUGGAUAUUCCAAGUUUCUUGUCUUCUACAACAGUGAUUGCAGUAAGGUCUUCAAAAGCUUCUGCUCUUUCCAGCCCGGCCUGAAGGGGAAAGGCGUGGUGGAGGACCCCCUCAGUCUAAGGAGAUACCCCGGCUCUGACAAGACCAUGCUGCAGAGGUGGCAGAAAAGGGACAUCAGCAAUUUCGAGUAUCUCAUGUACCUCAACACCUUGGCCGGGAGGACCUACAAUGACUACAUGCAGUACCCAGUGUUUCCCUGGGUCCUCGCUGACUACACCUCAGAGACGUUGAACUUGACGAAUCCCAAGAUUUUCCGGGACCUAUCGAAGCCCAUGGGGGCUCAGACCAAAGAAAGGAAGCUGAAAUUUAUCCAGAGGUUUAAAGAAGUUGAGAAGACUGAAGGAGACAUGACUGUCCAGUGCCACUACUACACUCACUAUUCUUCGGCCAUCAUCAUCGCCUCCUACUUGGUCCGGAUGCCACCCUUCACCCAAGCCUUCUGCUCUCUGCAGGGUGGAAGCUUUGAUGUGGCGGAUAGAAUGUUCCACAGUGUGAAGAACGCGUGGGAGUCUGCCUCCAGGGAGAACAUGAGCGACGUCAGGGAGCUGACCCCGGAGUUCUUCUACCUGCCCGAGUUCUUAACCAACUGCAACGCGGUGGAGUUCGGCUGCAUGCAGGAUGGGACUGUGCUAGGGGACGUGCAACUCCCUCCCUGGGCUGAUGGGGACCCUCAGAAAUUUAUCAGCCUACACAGACAGGCUCUGGAAAGUGACUUUGUCAGUGCCAACCUCCACCAUUGGAUAGACCUCAUUUUUGGGUACAAGCAGCAGGGGCCAGCUGCAGUGGAGGCUGUUAAUACCUUCCACCCCUACUUCUACGGCAACAAAGUGGACCUUAGCAGCCUCAGUGACCCCCUGAUCAAAAGCACCAUCCUGGGGUUUGUCAGCAACUUUGGACAGGUGCCCAAACAGCUCUUUACAAAACCCCACCCGGCCAGGACUGCUGCAGGGAAGCCAUCACCUGGAAAGGAUGUCUCCACACCGGCAAGCCUGCCUGGCCACCCACAGCCCUUUUACUACAACCUGCAGUCACUGAAACCCUCCCAAGUCAUGGUCAAAGAUAUGUACCUUUUCUCUCUAGGCUCAGAGUCCCCCAAAGGCGCCAUUGGCCACAUCGUCCCAACCGAGAAGGCCAUUCUGGCCGUGGAGAAGAACAAAUUGCUGCUGCCCCCUCUGUGGAACAGGACCUUCAGCUGGGGCUUCGACGACUUCAGUUGCUGCCUAGGGACCUAUGGCUCCGACAAGAUCCUGAUGACAUUUGAGAACCUGGCUGACUGGGGCCGCUGUCUGUGUGCUCUGUGCCCAUCCCCCACGAUGAUUGUCACCUCUGGGGCCAGCUCCGUGGUGUGUAUAUGGGAGCUCAGCAUGGCCAAAGGCCGCCGGAGAGGCUUGCGCCUCAGGCAGGCCUUGUAUGGACACACACAGGCAGUCACAUGCCUGGCAGCAUCGGUCAGCUUCAGCCUCCUGGUGAGUGGCUCCCAGGACUGCACCUGCAUCCUGUGGGACCUGGACCACCUCGCCCCUGUGGCCCGUCUGCCUGCCCACCGGGAGGCCAUCUCAGCCAUCGACAUCAGUGACAUCUCGGGCACCAUCGUCUCCUGUGCGGGAGCCCACUUGUCCCUAUGGAAUGUCAAUGGACAGCCUCUGGCCAGUAUCACCACAGCCUGGGGCCCAGAAAGAGCCAUAACCUGCUGCUGCAUGAUGGAGGGGCCAGCAUGGGACGGAAGCCAUGUCAUCAUCACCGGGAGUCAAGACGGCAUGGUCCGGAUUUGGAAGAUGGAGGAUGUGAAAUUGUCCGUUCCCGGGCAUGCUGUGGCAGAGGAACCUGCAGCUCAGCCUCCAAGCCUGAGAGGUCACAAGUGGGAGAAGAACCUUGCCCUGAGUCGAGAGCUGGACGUCAGCAUUGCUUUGACAGGGAAGCCCAGUAAGACCAGCCCAGCGGUGACAGCACUGGCUGUGUCCAGAAACCAGACCAAACUCCUGGUCGGUGAUGAGAAGGGGAGAAUAUUCUGCUGGUCUGCAGAUGGGUAGGAAGAAAGAGACGGUGGAGGCUCUGGCAUGGCUGCAUGUCCCUGAGGGGCUGCAGCCUCCACAGAAGGCAGGGAAGGUGAUGCAGAGCCUGGCUCUGUUUGCGGAAGAAACCCCCGGACCUUCCCUCCCCAUAGCUCUCAGGGAAGGGGCCUCUGGCAAUCAGAGCUCUGCACCCCAAACCCUCUUCAUGGCGCAUUGGACUUCCAUAAAAUGGGUAAGAGGGCUGGAAGCAGCACGCUGCACACUUGGACU